AUGGACGUGGACAUGGACGUGGACGUGGACGUGGACGUGGACGUGGACGUGGACGUGGACGUGGACGUGGACGUGGACGUGGACGUGGACGUGGACGUGGACGUGGACGUGGACGUGGACGUGGACGUGGACGUGGACGUGGACGUGGACGUGGACGUGGACGUGGACGUGGACGUGGACAUGGACGUGGACGUGGACGUGGACGGUGGACGUGGACGUGGACGUGGGGACGUGGACGUGGACGUGGACGUGGACGUGGACGUGGACGUGGACGUGGACGUGGACGUGGACGUGGACGUGGACAUGGACGUGGACGUGGACGUGGACGUGGACGUGGACGUGGACGUGGACGUGGACGUGGACGUGGACGUGGAGGACGACGUGGACGUGGACGUGGACGUGGACGUGGACGUGGACGUGGACGUGGACGUGGACGUGGACGUGGACAUGGACGUGGACGUGGACGUGGACGUGGACGUGGACGUGGACGUGGACGUGGACGUGGACGUGGACGUGGACGUGGACGUAGUGGACGACGUGGACGUGGACGUGGACGUGGACGUGGACGUGGACGUGGACGUGGACGUGGACGUGGACGUGGACGUGGACGUGGACGUGGACAUGGAUGGAGUGGACGUGGACGUGGACGUGGACGUGGACGUGGACGUGGACGUGGACGUGGACAUGGACGUGGACGACGUGGACGUGGACGUGGACGUGGACGUGGACAUGGACGUGGACAUGGACGUGGACGUGGACGUGGACGUGGACAUGGACGUGGACGUGGACGUGGACGUGGACAUGGACGUGGACGUGGACGUGGACGUGGACGUGGACGUGGACGUGGACGUGGACGUGGACGUGGACGUGGACGUGGACGUGGACGUGGACAUGGACGUGGACGUGGACGUGGACGUGGACGUGGACGUGGACGUGGACGUGGACGUGGACGUGGACGGGACGUGGACGUGGACGUGGACGUGGACGUGGACGUGGACGUGGACGUGGACGUGGACGUGGACGUGGACGUGGACGUGGGACGUGGACGUGGACGUGGACGUGGACGUGGACGUGGACGUGGACGUGGACGUGGACGUGGACGUGGACGUGGACGUGGACGUGGACGUGGACGUGGACGUGGACGUGGACGACGUGGACGUGGACGUGGACGUGGACGUGGACGUGGACGUGGACGGACGUGGACGCGUGGACGUGGACAUGGACGUGGACGUGGACGUGGACGUGGACGUGGACGUGGACGUGGACAUGGACGUGGACGUGGACGUGGACGUGGACGUGGACGUGGACGUGGACGUGGACUGGACGUGGACGUGGACGUGGACGUGGACGUGGACGUGGACGUGGUGUGGACGUGGACGUGGACGUGGUGGAGUGGACGUGGACGUGGACGUGGACGUGGACGGACUGGACAUGGACGUGGACGUGGACGUGGACGUGGACGUGGACGUGGACGUGGACGUGGACGUGGACGUGGACAUGGACGUGGACGGGAGUGGACGUGGUGGACGUGGACGUGGACGUGGACGUGACGUGGACGUGGACGUGGACGGGACGUGGACGUGGGUGGACGUGGACGUGGACGUGGACGUGGACGUGGACGUGGACGUGGACGUGGACGUGGAAUGGACGUGGACGUGGACGUGGACGUGGACGUGGACGUGGACAGUGGACGUGGACGUGGACGUGGGAGGAAUGGGACGUGGACGUGGACGUGGGGACGUGGACGUGGACGUGGACGUGGACGUGGACGUGGACGUGGACGUGGACGUGGACAUGGACGUGGACGUGGACUGGACGUGGACAGUGGACGUGGACGUGGACGUGGACGUGGACGUGGACAUGGACGUGGACGUGGACGUGGACGUGGACGGUGACGUGGACGUGGACGUGGACGUGGACGUGGACGUGGACGUGGACAUGGACGUGGACGUGACGUGGACGUGGACGUGGACAUGGACGUGGACGUGGACGUGGACAGUGGACGUGGACGUGACGUGGACGUGGACAGUGGACGUGGACGUGGACGUGGACGUGGACGUGGACGUGGACGUGGA